GUUCGAAAACAAUCAUUUUGUCAUGAAGAUUUGUUUUCAAAGGUCUCAAUCCUGGAAAAUUACCAUUUGCGUCAACAUUCGCAAUGACUAGACAAACAUUGAUGAGAGCAAUGGGUUUUGACUGCCCAAACCAUCGAAGAUAUUCGCGGAAAAGAACACUUGAAAUCAGAAUAUGUACUAUUCGAAAUUCUCUCAUCCCCACAAUCCUUCAAACAUGACUCUACCUUUGCAAAACCAUUGUAUCGUAUAAAUCAAGUCCGGAUGGCGAGAAUAACAGCAUCACCCACAACCAGUGUAUCAAGAUAUUCUCACCCGUCGGCCGAGCCUCCACCUCUGGCUUUUCGACCAAGGCAACAAGAGGUCUCACGAUUGGAGGGCAAGCUGCAACGAGCAAAAAUCAUCCUCGGGUUCUCCGCCAUUGGCAAGACACAUCUUGCCGCGAAAGCUAAUCGCGAAUUCGAAUGGUUGCAUGUGAUAGACUUUUCACUCAUCCCUCAAGGACUGGAUUUCACAAAUGAUUAUAAAGCAGAUUAUCUGCAAACAAUUGCCGAUGCUGCAGGACAGCCAGGUGUUUUGUUACUUGGAGGUCCGAGAUGGGUUGGAGAAUUCCUAGUUGCAAGUGAUUUGACGUUCAGUAGCGUUUAUCCAACCGACGAUUGUAGGGAGGAGUAUAGAAUGAGAUGGGACCAGAUGGGGGAGGAAGAGGGAUUGAUUGCCCACAGAUUGACAUGGUGGGAUGAUUCGAUCGCGGCUAUGCAAUGGCCCAGUGGAAGAUGCAACCACUUUGAACUAUAUCCUGGAGUGUACUUGGAGGAUAUUUUCAUGAACAUAUUGACAGUGGCGGACCAGGUGGAAGGUUUAGACGAGGAAUCAAGUCCAGAGGACGCAUCAAACGAAGUGUGGCAUGAUGCACAUGAAGCACUACAAUUGCCUUCUGGUCGCAAAAGAUCACAAACCCAAAGCGAUGCAAUAAAACAAGUCAUCGCAAGUAUUAACUCCAGUUGGUCCUCGAGGAUCCGAGCCUUCCUCAACUACAUCUUUCUAAUCCUCCAAUUCAUCUUCUUGUCGACGCUAGCCACACUCAUUAUGCUGGCCUACAGAGAAUGGAAUGUUUGGCAGUCGAGAAACAGACCAGACAUCCCCACAAUUGGCGAAUUUUCUAGUCUUAGCAGGAUCCACGAUACGGUCAAUCGUUGGUUCCUUCCACAGUGUUUAUCAUCCAUACUACCGAACUCCCGGGAAACGUGGCUGGGAGCAUCUGCAUUUCGAAAAGAGCUAGUGGUUUUGGUUAGAAAGUGGCUGGAUUUGGAAGAAUUGCUGCUCAAGGCUUGAUGAUAUGGUGUAUUGUACAUACAAAUAAAAUACAUAUGUAUAUUAAGUUCCGGGAGAAAAUCUUCGUGAGAAAAUGGAGAAA